AUGCCAAAACCAAGUUCAGGACCUGCCAAGUCUCCCCUCGUCGUUAAGCCUCUCGUGAGACCUCCAUUCCCCAAGCUGGUUCCAGAUCGUUCGCCCAUAGUUGGGCUCUCUUCAGCGCUCUCCAUGCGUACUUGCUUUCGAGUAGGAGAAGCAAUCAACGUCGGCAGUCGAGCCAUACGGGAAGGUGUACAAGUGUUCAUUGAGCUAUAUGCUAGAGUUCGCUCAUCAUACAGAGAACCGCGAGGUGUGAAGCAGCAUUUUGUCUUCGUGGACCUCUUUCACGACCAUCAGCCAUAUCUUUCCGGCAUUCAACAAAACUGGAAAGGUGUCGAACUUUGGGACCGGGAUAGCAGCAAGUUUCUGGAGCCAUCCGAUUCUCCGCGGAUGUGUCGCUGCAUGGGACAGAUGAAAAAAGAGGACAACAUGUGGAAACUAACCGUAUUCAACAUCUGGGAAGCCACCAUGGACGACGUUGAGUAUGUUUUCGGGAUCAUAAAAGACAGCUAUCAGCCAGAAACAAUUUCCAAUGGCUUUGAGCAUUCUUUUGCUAACUGGCGCACCUUCUUUACAAACAUCAUUUAA